UCUACCUCUGUGAACUGAGCAAUGACGGUUCAGCAGGAGCAGUCGAGAGAGCUACUCACACACUGACAGAGAGAGAGAGCGAGAGAGAGAGAGAGAGAGAGAGAGAGAGAGGACGGCGGGCAGACAGGACUGGGAUCGGGGAUCGGGGAGACAGACGAACCGGGACUUGUUUCGGGGGUUUUUGGGGAGAUGCUGUCCCCACAUAGGAGAUGGACCAGAGACCCGCCUCUGAGCUCUGUGACCUCGUGUGUCAGGAGGGGGCUUUGCAGCAAGCGUCACUCUCUCUGGAUGCUGCUCGUCCUGCUCCUGGUCUGUGUCGCCUUCCAGACAUUUGUCACCCGCUCAGCCAGGACUGACAAGCUGACAGGACCAGGACCAGGACUACCAGAUCUGAGAUUCACUGUCAACAAACAGCCGAGUCCUUCCCUGCAGAAGGUCUGGGAACACUGGCAGAACACAAGACCACUACAGACAGACAGACCAGAUCUUCAUCACCAGAAGGGGGGCCAUAGAAAACCAUCAGAUCAUAUUCUGUUGACUCAUGUGGAUAAAAUCCUGAACCCCACUGCAGGUUCUCAGCUGGAGGAGCAGCUUGAUCCAGGUCCUCUCGGCCUCCGCAGCACCAGGAACCAUUUGACUGCAGGUCCAGUAGAGAGACUCGUCCACAGUCCCACCACAUCCGGGACUAAGAUCAGCUGCCACCCAAAGUCUCACAUCGUCUUCCUGAAGACGCACAAAACAGCCAGUAGCACCAUCUUAAACGUCCUGUAUCGCUACGGAGAGAGCAGGAACCUGACCUUUGCCCUCCCAGUGAACAAACACAGUCAGCUGUUUUACCCGUUCUUCUUUGCCUCUCACUUCGUGGAGGGAGUCAGCAGCAGGAGAGUGACGGAGUUCAACAUCAUGUGCAACCACAUGAGGUUCAGGAAGUCUGAGGUGGUCAAAGUGAUGCCGGACGACACCUUCUACUUCUCCAUCCUGAGACAUCCUGUGUCCAUGAUGGAGUCCAUCUUUAUUUACUACAAGAGCAUCCCAGCCUUCCACAAGACUCGCAGCCUGGACGACUUCCUGGACAACAGCCGGAGGACCUACAACUCCUCUGUGACCAACAACCACUACGCUCACAACAUCUUGGCCUUUGACUUCGGCUUCGACAACAACGUGGCAGCCGACGCUGACGACCUGGAGGAAAGAGCCAGCAGAGCCGUGGCUGCCAUCGAGCGGGACUUCCACCUCGUUCUGAUCUCAGAGUACUUUGACGAGUCCAUGGUCCUGCUCAGACACGCCCUCUGCUGGUCCCUGGAAGACAUGGUUUCCUUCAAGCUCAACAGUCGCAGUGAGAGAACUCGUCAUCAGCUGUCAGCAGACACUCCAGAGAAGAUCCGGAGAUGGAACGCUCUGGACUGGAGGAUCUACCUGCACUUCAACGCCACCUUCUGGCACAAGGUGGACAGUCUGGUUGGUCGAGAGCAGAUGAAGAGGGAGGUGUCUCAGCUGAGAGAGCUGCAGCUCAAACUUGCAAACACCUGCCUGAAAGAUGGCGGAGCAGUCGACCCUUCCCAGAUUAAAGAUGCUGGGCUAAAGCCGUUCCAAUAUGGAGCGGCUGUCAUUCAGGGCUACAAUCUGAACCCAGACUUAGACCCCCAGACCAGGACCCAGUGUCAGAGACUGAUCACCCCAGAGCUGCAAUACACUGAGCGUCUGUACACCCAGCAGUUCCCUGAGCUAGCUGCUAAACUCAAACACGCUCCGAGGAAGGUUCCUCCUCAGCGCCAGCGCUCAGACAGAACCGCUGUGAUGGGACGGGUCUGGUCCAGUGGGGGGCACCACAGACCCGUCAUCAGACACAGAGUCUCAAACCUCAUAAACCUAAAGGCCUCCACAAGUGGCCUGUUAGCGCACACAGCAGCUCACAAUAAGACAGGUGUGCCGUGACAGGUGACUGACUGUUUAUUAAAUAUGAUUUAAAGGUGUGAAGCAGCUGAUGAUCCCUAAGAGACUAUGACAGAACCGGACCUAUAGUGAAGCUGCUGAUGUAACGUUCUCCUGUAGGUGGUGCUAGAGUUCCUUGUACAGGUUCAUCAGCCAAUCACAGCUCCUCAUACAAGUGGAGAGUAUGACCUCACAUAGUCACCUGACUGAAGAGUUCAGGUGGAUCCUGGUCUGAUCAGGAACAUCAGGGGCCGCUCGCACAAAACACCUUAAGUUUUCUACUUAAGUCUGACACUUAAGGUUUAAGGAGUCACUUCAGGCUGUUGCACAGAAUAACUUAGUUUCCUUAUUAAGGAAAAAAGUUAAGGCAUUUACAGCAGUGAUACAGAUUUUACAGCAAUAAAUUUCUACUGUUUCCAUGGAGACCAGUUGUUUGCUGGCAUUAGCGCUUGUGAUAGCGUUUAGCAUCUCAACAAGUUUUUUCCCCUUAGUUUGAUCUCUAAGGUUUUUUGUGCAACGGUUUAACUGACUUUAAGUGAUUCCUUAAGUAUAAGACUAAGAUCAGGAGAAAACCGUGAAUACUUAAGGGAACAUUUUAAGGACACCUUAAGGAUGAAACUUAAGGUGUUUUGUGCAACUGUUUUUAUUUUAAGGGUUAUUUUAACUUACCAGAUUCUCUGCUCAGUUAAUGCCUUUACAAGAGACAGAAAUCAAUCAGACUCAUUAUAAAUUAGAUUUAAAGCUACAUGAUUGAUACGAGGAAACAGCAGAGAGGUUCCUGCUGAUCCAGGAUCUGAGCUGGACUUCAUCCUCUGGCUCCAUGUCACAUUCCUCCACCACCACAGUCUUUAUUCAUUCGACCACCGGAGGUUAGAAGACAUAAAACAGCUCUGCUGCUUUUUCCCAUCAUCACCAGUCUGCAGAGACCUGACCGUCAGGUUUCAGUCAACCUUGUCGUGGAUCAAAGUGUUAAUUUAAUGUUAGUCACUAAGCUCCAUCCUCCUCCAGCCAUCAGUCCUCCUGUAUGAAUCUUAUAUUCAUAGACACUGAUUCUCCUCUCGUGGCAAAGCUGCAGUACAAUAGUUAUAGUUGCUAUAAUGUGUCUUAAACUGAACCACAUUGUGUUGAAUGGUCUUUAAACUGACAUCAGCCUUUGUAUCAGGACAAUCUCAUGACUGAUCUGGGGUCAGGGCGUUGUUAGCCUAGGUUAGCAUGAAGACGGUAGGAGGGGGGAAAGUUAGACCAGGAACACACUGGAUGUGUGGCGGCUGUGGUCAGAGUGACACGCCGCCAUGUCACAUGUCACAGCUGUGUCACAUGAGCUAGAGAUUCAGCGUCUGGCAGCAGAAAAAGAGUAAAGACCUGAUGAUGUCACAGUGACAUCAUACCAGCAACAUUAUAUAAAUCUGACUCCUUCAGUGUAGUUUCUCAGUCAGUCUGAAACUGAAUCUGACACAGACAUGAAAAUAUAAAUAUAUUUUAACCACUGUAGCAGCUGCACGUGCAGACAGAGACAUUUACAGACGUUUACUGUCAAAAAUAAAUUAAUAAAUUAAUAAAGAAGAGAAAUCAAAAUCCAGUAACUGUAAACUCUGUAGAGACAGACAGAGUGUUCCUGGUGUUACACCUUUCAACACCUGAAAAAACAGUGAUUAACACUGUGAGGUCAGAGCAGACAAUCUACUUCCUGUUUACACCAGCUUGCACGUGCUCACUGUGGAUCAAUGGUCAUGUGAGAUGUGAUGUUUCAGGUGUGUUAGUGUGGAUUUAUUUUUAAAAAGAAAAGGUGUCAGUGUGAACACAACAUGUUCAUCAGUGAGAUCCACAGGUGUGUCUGUCUAAACUGUUCUACACAGGUGGACCCAGUCAAGGUCCAGACUCCCCUCAGUUAUCUUUAAAACAGGAAACAGCUGAUCACAGUCUGAAGACUUUUAGAAAUUCAAGGUUUGUUUUGAAAACAUGUUUUAACUUUGUUACUAUAGAUUAUUGAUUGUGGAUUAAAUUAAAUGAACAACACAAAGUCUGAAACUUUCUGAAGCUACUGAUUGUAAAAUCUGAAAUAAAUAAAUAAAUAAACAAUAACUAAG